CAGUCUCUCUCUAGGAAACUCUAGAAUUUUUUCUCAGUGCGUAAGCAGAGAGUCAACCUGUCUCGAUUCUCAACUCUUCUUCUCGCCUCUUCUACUUUCUACAUUCUUAGCCACCUUCUCCUUUUCUCUACUAAAAACCAUUCUCCAGUCUCCAAAUUUGGCUUUACUAUUUUGCCCUUGCUUUUAGCAGUUAUUCUGUCAAAGUGCAGGAAUGGCUGAACCAGCGUACACUGUGGCAUCUGACAGUGAAACAACAGGGGAGGGGAAAUCUUCGUCUGCUUUUCCAGAAAUUGCAAUUGGAAUUGAUAUUGGAACUUCACAAUGCAGCGUCGCUAUCUGGAAUGGCUCACAAGUAGAGCUUCUCAAGAAUACUAGGAACCAGAAGUUGAUGCGUUCAUAUGUUACAUUCAAAGAUGAAAUUCCUUCAGGUGGAGUGAGCAAUCAACUUUCUCAUGAGCACGAAAUGUUAUCCGGGGCUGCAAUCUUCAACAUGAAACGUCUUAUUGGACGAGUUGACACUGAUCCAGUUGUUCAUGCAAGCAAAAACCUUCCUUUUCUAGUUCAGACUUUGGACAUUGGUGUUCGUCCUUUUAUUGCUGCCUUGGUGAACAAUGUUUGGAGAUCCACUACACCUGAAGAAGUUCUUGCAAUAUUUCUGGUUGAAUUAAGAAUCAUGGCUGAAAUUCAAUUGAAGCGGCCUAUAAGGAAUGUUGUAUUGUCAAUCCCAGUUUCUCUUAGCCGGUUUCAAUUGACUCGAAUUGAACGAGCUUGUGCUAUGGCUGGUCUUCAUGUUCUUAGAUUGAUGCCUGAACCAACUGCUGUGGCAUUACUAUAUGCACAGCAGCAACAACAGAUGAUACAUGACAAUAUGGGCAGUGGAAGUGAAAAGAUUGCUCUCGUUUUUAAUAUGGGUGCAGGGUAUUGUGAUGUUGUUGUGACAGCUACAGCUGGAGGAGUUUCACAGAUUAAAGCCUUAGCUGGAAGUGCAACCGGAGGAGAAGACCUUCUUCAGAACAUGAUGCGCCAUCUCUUGCCGAAUUCAGAGAAACUCUUCUCAAGCCACAGUAUUAAUGAGAUCAAGUCAAUGGGAUUACUUCGAGUUGCAACUCAGGAUGCCAUUCACAAGCUCUCUUUCCAAGAGAGUGUCCAAAUUGAUGUAGACUUGGGUAAUGGGACAAGAAUAUGUAAGGUGGUGAAUCGGGAGGAAUUUGAAGAGGUAAACCAGAAGAUCUUUGAGAAGUGUGAGAGUGUGACAAUCCAAUGCUUACAUGAUGCAAAGGUAGAGAUAGAUGAUCUGACUGAUGUAAUAGUUGUGGGUGGCUGUUCAUAUAUUCCAAAAAUAAGAAAUCUUGUUAAGAGUGUAUGUAAAAGAGAAGAACUUUACAAAGGUAUGAACCCACUAGAAGCAGCAGUGUGUGGGGCUGCACUAGAAGGAGCAGUGGCUUCAGGUAUCAGUGAUCCUUUUGGCAGCUUGGACUUGUUAACUAUUCAAGCAACAGCUCUUGGAAUUGGGAUACGAGCUAAUGGGAAUACACUUGUGCCCAUUAUACCUAGAAACACUACAAUGCCAGCUCGGAAAGAACUGAUCUUCACGACUGUCCAUGAUAGCCAGACUGACGUAUUGAUUGUUGUCUAUGAAGGUGAAGCGGAGAAGGCAGAAGAUAAUCAUCUGCUCGGCUAUUUCAAGAUUAUGGGAAUUCCUCCAGCACCUAAAGGAGUUCCAGAGAUAAAUGUCUGCAUGGACAUUGAUGCAUCAAAUGUGCUCAGAGUUUUGGCUGGGGUCAUUCUGCCAGGUUCUCAACAACCUGUAGUUCCAGUAAUGGAAGUAAGGAUGCCAACCGUUGAUGAUGGGCAUGGUUGGUGCGCUGAAGCUCUGCAUAGAGCAUACGGGUCAACUCUGGACGUGGUGACAGUGCAGAAGAAAAUAUAAAAUUGAUGCUCUUCCUUUACUGUUUUUUAUUUGAAUAUUUUAUGUUUUUUGGUCCAUAAGAGAACCAGUUUUCAGCUAGAACAGUUGUGUUCUGUGUUUGCAUACUUCCAUAGAUGUGAGCUUGGUGUAAUGAAAUAAAGCAUGUUUGGUGUUAUUUAUGUAUAUUCUUCCUUUUUCUUCCUUUACAACCCCUCAGGACGCAAGGAUUUUUUGGGUUCAGACUACUAGACCAUAUAUUUUUUACUAUGUUUCAUUCAUUUCUUAC